AGAACUGUUCUCCACAGUAAUACGGUGUAAAGUGAGCAAUUUACUGCCAGUCAUGUAUGAUCAAAGUUAUCCUGUGGACGUCGAUAUCAAAUGAUAUAUAGAUUGAAAAGAGCAGAACAUAGCAGAUAUUAUGGCACAUAUUGUUCUGAAUCCUGAAAUUUCAAAGGGUGAUGCAAGUUCUGUCAUAGACUGUCCUGAUACACUACAGGACCUAUGUGUUUUCUACCUAAUGAACAAUAUAGAUACACUUGUGCAAUCUCUGAACAAAACACAAGACACAAAUGAAGAGUUCACUUCAUUAUUUUCGUUGUUGCAUGCCAACAGAAUGUUGGGAUAUUACAGUAAAUGCUGCAUACCGUGUGAUCAUGAACUCCCAUACAUUGAUCAGCUAAUGGAAAUAUGUCAACAGUGUGAUGAAAUAAGUGUAACUACUACAUCACCCUGGACAAAUAUUCUGAUGUUUGCUGAUUCAUGUAAGUCAGUUAGAAGACUUGAUCUUACAAUCUUUGAUAAUGACUUACAACUCUCAGCCUACAGUGAAUUGCUGGAAAACAAUUUGCCUCAUUUGACAUCAUUAAAACUUUCACAGAAAUGUGAGGAAUUAUGUACAGUUGGCUUUUUAAAUAUGCUUGGUGGAAAAGACUUUGAUGCCGAUAUUAUAGUGCCUGACUCAAGUGAUGAUAAUGACAACAAUGAUGAUGACAAUGACAACGAUGAUGAUGACAAUGACAACGAUGAUGAUGACAAUGACAACAAUGAUGAUGACAAUGACAACGAUGAUGAUGACAAUGACAACGAUGAUGAUGACAAUGACAACGAUGAUGAUGACAAUGACAACAAUGAUGAUGACAAUGACAACGAUGAUGAUGGUGAUAAUGAUGCUACUGCUGCAGCUGCUGCUGAUGAUAAGCAAGGAGCUACCUGUGAUUUUAAGAAGACAGAAGGUUAUAGUGCAAAGAAAACAGAUUUGCAAAAAGGAAACUUAGAUACCGAGACUGUCACAGACACAGAAACUGUUGAAUCAGAAGACAAACAAUCUGAAAAUGUAUCCGACAAGGUCAUUUCCAAUUUGAAAUCUUUUAGUUACCUACAAAUUGACUCCAAUGCUCAUCCAAACUUUGAGCCAUGUAGAAGUUUUGGGUGGUUUUAUGCACUUCUUUCAAGGGUUAUCAGCUGUAACCAACAUCUUCAGUCUUUCAAGUUAGUUACUAUUAUCUCAAACCCAAUCGAAUGGUUCCUGUCUCAGCCAGAUCUACCAAGGCUCAAGGAUCUUCAGUCAUUGUGUUUGUCUUUAGAGUAUUUUGAUGACUAUGUAGCAGAUAGUGAUGAAAUCAAGAUGCCAUACACCAACAAGUUCUUUACAAACCUACCUGUUCUUCAAAACCUGAGACAUUUGGAUAUCUCAUGCAGUGUACCAAUGGAAUACUUCAUGUCAUCAAUGUUUUCUUACUCGGAGCAAACGGUUGAAAUGUUCAUCGAGGCAUUGAAGGUGAUGCCACAGUUGAAAUCACUGGAUAUAUCUGGCACAAACCUUGCUACCAUUAUUUGUCACACAGAUAAAGAAGAUCAGAAGUGGUGUAUAGGUCACUGUAUGCCAGGAUUUGAGGGUAGACGGUUUGACUUUCUUGGACUAUAUGGUACUGAUGCAUGUAAACACAAGUUCAUUCCAGCUGAUAGGGUGAGUGGGACUGCAAGCAUUGAACAGUUGGUAGAAGCUCUGAAAUCUCUGCAGCACAAUAGGAUGCUCAUGUCUGCGGUUAUCAAAGACAUAAGCCAAUGGUUAAAGGAACAUAGGGUUGGCAGUACUGCAGGUCUUGCCUUGGUAGAUGGUCUUAUAAUGUAUAUGACACAAUCAGGAGAAUGGACUGAUGGUGGAGCAUCAGAAGAAUUUGAAGAGAAAAGUAUUUGUAUCGCUUUGGAAAUCAUGUUCAGUCUGGUUGUAGACCAUGGUCUGGUGGAAUGUUUCACUGUCAGAAGGAAGAGAUUGCUUCUGGACCAGCUUCUUAAUAUUUGUAACAUGAUGUGUACCAGGAUUCGCUGGAACCUAAGUGCCACAAGGAUGACAGAACAGAGAACUAAGAUAUUUGAGAAGUCCAUGUUGUUGAUUCGUCACCUUGACUUGGAACGUACAGCAAUGUACAGUUACAGAUUCAAGCAGUAUGUACAAGUUUUGCUUGGAAUAUUUCACAGUCCAGUGGGACGAACAGAGAAAUUGUGGUGCGGGAAUUUCCCCCUUGAUUUGCUGUAUUCAGUUUGCAAAAACAAUCUAGAAUACAAGGUGGUUGCUGGCAGGAAGUUGGAAAUUGUUAAGAUAUUGUUAAAAGAAAUCAAAGAAAAAGCAAGUUCAGCUUUUGUGCUAAAGAUAUGGAAUAUACUGUGGACACUUACAGGUAAAUUAUCAUAAUUGUCA